AUGAUGCACUAUGUACAUAAUACACUUGAAGCUCCAUGAUACGGCCAAUCGCAAGCCGCAUGUAAGCUGAUCUUGUCGGCGGAUCAGCAGGGCACCAUGUUCUGUAUGUACUACCACAGUCAGUACCCCUACAUUUUUUUGUCAUGCACAGAGCCGCCACUAAUCUAUGUACAAAGAUCCUGUGAGUGUUUUUUAAAACCUUUUUUCUCUUCUCUUUCUAAUAUCCAGAUUCGCUAGGCUAAACAAUAGCUAUAAUACAUAACAUAUGCGCAUCAAGCCUAUACCAGCGACACAAGGAAAAAAAGGACAACACGACAACAGUAUCGUUGUGAAACACGAUGAAGAUGAGGAUGACGUUGAACGCAAUGUAACUGUCCCAUUGUUGGAAGGAGGAGUGGUCAGCAGCAGCAAUGGAGAACGCCGCGAUAACGACAUACAGCAUACAACAGCAACAGCAACAAGUGAAGCACGAGGCAUGUUCCUCGUCAUACUUUCCUCGGUGGCGUCGGCAAGUAUGGGGAUGUUCAUCAAAUUGAGCGGCACAUACUCUACAUUGAUCCCAUCGACCACUAUCCUGCUCGUCCGCGCUAUCAUCCAACUAGCGUUUGAUUUUCUUGGAUGUUUUUGGGCAGGCGUCCAUCCUCUGGGUAACUCGCAGCAAUCUUCAGUGCGCAAAUGGUUAUUGUUUACAGGUGUAAUCGGUGGAGCUAGCAUGUCUCUUGAGACAUAUAGUAUAGCCCGGAUGCCGAUAGCCGAUGCUUGUGUGAUCAUCUAUCUUUACCCAGCUUUCACAGCCAUUCUCGCUGCACUUGUGCUCCACGAACCGUUUCGCCGAUUCCAUGCAAUCAGUAUUCUGGCAUGUAUUGUUGGCGCUGCACUUGUUCUCCAGCCUCAAUUCCUGUUUGGCAACAGAGGGAUCCCUCGACUUUUUCAACAGCAGCAACAAGAAAAACUUUGGCCUGUAUUGGGUGUAUUCGCUGAUGCGAUACUAGGCGCCAUUGAAAAUGUGACAGUUCGCAAAAUUGGAUUAGGCGCUCACUAUUUGGUGUACAGUGUUUACUUUGACUUGAUUGCAUUGAUUCUUGGCCUGUUAUCAUCAUUUUACGCCGCUGGUAGUAUAUCCCUUAUCUGGCCCCACGACGAAGGAUGGAAAUUGUACAUGUUAUUGUUCAUGUGUGGUCCAUAUACUUUUUCCUCCAACUUUCUAAUCCAGCUGAAUUUCCUCAUACCCUCUUCCAUUACGCACAACGACGGCAAAACAUACACAGACUUCAGCUGGCUCGCGCGGGUCCUGCAACGUUGAUGCGCAUGAAUACAAUCGCCCUAGCAUUUAUUAUUGGAGUGGUUGUUUUCCAUGAGUAUCCAGAUAAAUGGAGUAUCAUGGGGGCAGUCAUUAUCUGCACUGCGUGUAUGACCUACAACUGGUCGAAUCGCUCAAAACAAUGCUCUGAACCUUCGAAGCAGCUAACUGUAGUAUCUAUAUCAUCUUGUUCCACUUUUUCAAGUCAAUCAUGUACUCAAACAAAAACACGAUAGUGCAAUCAGUUUUCCGUUUUAAGUUCGUCGACAAAAGGUUCGGUACAAAUAAAAAGUAUGCGUUAUAUAGCAACAACGUUGACUACGUCAAGUAUUUAUCGAAAUCUCCUUGAUGACAAGAUGAUUGUUCAGCAAUAUAAACCAAAAGCAGAGUUUGAAAAAAAAAGCACCAGAAAGAUC